AACAAAUGUCUUGUUUGUUUUUAUUCUAACACUGACCAUGCCUCCCACUUUGUAGGGCUCUGUUUGAUCAUCGCCAGCUUGGGUACGUUUAUGACAUGCAUUCAGCAUAAUCAACAAAUUUACCAGCAGAUAUAUAUUGUAGUGUUCCAAAGUCAGCAAUGUGUUGCUUAAGAAAUAUAAUUGAUGUUUAAUUACGUAAUUUCCUUCCAUGUCUCAGUCUCUUCCAACAGGCUGGUGUGUUACUAUAACAGCUUGGCUGAAAAUAGAGAAGAGGAUGGGAAGUUCACGGUUUCAGAUAUUGAUCCGGACCAGUGUACCCAUUUGAUCUACGCUUUUUCUGACAUUAACAACCAAAGUGAGCUGGUCCCCAGCAAUGCAGCGGAUACUCAACGUUAUCACUCCUUUAAUGGACUCAAAACCAAGUCAGUGCUUAGUCAAUUAACACUAAUGAGUGUUAAAAUGCAGUAUGUGCAACAUUCUGUUCAAACGUUUACCAGAUUCAGUGCAAUGGUGUCAACAUCUCAAGGCAGAGCAACGUUCAUUCAGUCUGCAAUCACACUACUGAGAGCACAUGGGUUUGAUGGGAUAAACCUUGAUUGGAGGUACCCUGGAGGAGCCGGCAGUGUACCACAAGACAAGCUGGGAUUCACACAGCUGUGCAAGGAGCUCAAAGAUGCCUUUGAGACUGAGGGAACAGAAACUAACCGUGACAGAUUAUUUGUCGCUGCAAGUGUCUCUGCUGAGAGAGCAACCAUUAAUGCCAGUUAUGAAGUCGAAAAGAUUGCAAUGCACCUGGAUUUCAUUAACGUGCUGACAUUCGACUUUCGCGGGCCCUGGGAAAAUGUCAUAGGACAUCACAGCCCUUUAUUCCAGGGAUCCAAAGACACUGGAGACAAAAUCUUCUCUAACACUGACUCUGCCAUGCAGUACUGGCAUGACCAAGGAGCACCUACAGAAAAGCUAAACAUAGGGUUAGCAGCAUAUGGGCGAGCAUUUACCCUCUCCUCUAAUUCCAGCGAUGUUGGAGCACCAGCCAGUGGUCCUGGUGAGGACGGGUGCUACACCAGUGAAGACGGAUUCUGGGCCUCUUAUGAGACUUGCCUUUAUCUUGAAGGAGUAACAGUCCAGGUGAUUCCUGAUCAGAAAGUUCCGUAUGCAACCACAGAGAAUCAGUGGGUUGGAUUUGACAACAAAGACAGCAUUGAUACAAAGGUGAAUUACCUAAAAACAAACAACUUUGGAGGAGCCUUUGUCUGGUCUCUGGACCUGGCUGACUUUACUGGACAGUUCUGUAAAGAGGGCAAAAGCCCCUUAAUCAGCCACCUGCAUACUCUUCUGGUUCCAGGUAACCAAGAUAUAAAAUGGGUGUCUUAUCCUUUUAUUGUGUAUCUGAUCUAACAGUAUUACCAUUAAUGUAAUCACCUUUUAAUGACGAAAAUAUAUUUGACUCAUUCUUUUAGGUUUUCCUGACCUCAAUGGAACGACCACCACCCCUACUAUAACCACGACAAUAACUUCAUUUACCACAACUACAACAACUCCCCCUAGCACAACCACAAGAACUCUGUCUACCACAACCACAACAACUCCACCUACUACAAUCACAACAACUUCCCCUACUACAACAACGACUACUCCACCUACCACAACCACAACAGCUUUCCCUAUCACAACCACAACAACUGCCCCCACCACAACCACAACACGUCCUACUACAACCACAACAACUCUGCCUACUAC